AUGGCGACGCGGCGAAGAAUCGGGGUCAAUGCAGCGACGACAGAGGCUGCUCGUCGACAACUCAUGCAGCCAGUUCCAUGCUGGGAGAAAGUUUGGACUACACCGACCGAGAAUGCGUCUUCUGGGUUGAAGAUAUACAAAUGGGCGAAAACUGACAAGAUUCAGCAAUUCAGCGACGAUGAAGGGGGGAUGGACGAGCCAUUGGCUCCUUUGCCGGACGAACCCGAGGCCGUAGAAGGGGACGACGAGGAGCAGGAUGAAAAUGUGGCAGCAACACGCGAAGUAUCAACUGCACCUCCGCCGAAGGAGUCUGAACCACCGUCCAAGCUACCUUCUCCGAAGCCACAACUCACCGUAGCACUGCAGCCAUCCGAGGGUCCAAUCGAGGAAGCGGCGGACGAUUUGGACGCGUCGUUAAAGCCUAUGGACGUUAGUUUGGAUGGGCUGGUGCCGGACGGCAUGGAGCUCGACAUGUCGGGAUUGGGGCCAGACGGUUUAGGAUUAGAGGCAAACGGUGAUUUAUCUCAAAUGGAGGACGCAGAUGUGUUGCUAGGUGGUCCAAUCAUGGAUCAAACGGAGGAUCCAUUCUCAGCGACUAGCUGA